AUGAAGCAAGGAGUGUAUCUGUUGGAUAAAGAACAUCUUCCUUUGUUGCCUGACUUUGAGGACAACACAGUUGUCAUGGAUGCUGAAGAUCCCACUUCAGUUGCAGCUCAUGAGAAGAAGGAGAAAGCCAGAGCAGAAAAAGCAGCAAAGAUGCCAAGUGCAGCAGAAGCUUCAGAAGCAUUUCUCAAGCCCAGCCAAAUUUUCUCCUUCUAUUUCGGCCGCGAAGAGGCACCGCUAAAGGCCACCGCCCACCCCGGCAUUUUUUCGCCAGAUUCAAUCGACUCUCCUAUAUCCCACGACUGCGGCGAUCAGGGCCGGCAGAUUGGGGGUGGCCGCCCGCCGGCCGACCUUGAAUCCACCACACAACCAUCCCCACGAGCACUCCGCUCUAUCCCCCCUGCUCGCAGCGACCGGCGACGGCGGAUUGGAGGAGGCCGCCCGACCGGCCGAGCUCAGAUCCACUACAUCAACCAGCGACAGCGGAUUGGAGGAGGCCUCCCCACCCAUCUCUCUUUCCCCACAGAUUGCAGCGACCAGCGUCGGCUGACGAAUAAAGACCGAGUCUGCACUUGUCCGAAACUGAAUAAAGGCCGAUUCUGCAGUUGUUCUUAUUUAACUGAAUUCUGGAUGCUCCAUAUUUCCAACUUCAGUUACUAAAAUCAUGCCACCAGUUCUGGAGAGUGAUAUGCAUAGCAGGGAAUAUCUUGUGGAACAGAAACGCAAGGGUGAGGCAUAUUUGAAGGAAAGGAAUGCAAGGAUUGCGGAACGCAAGGCUGUGGAGCAGGAGUCUCUUAAAGACAUACAAAGCAUAGCUCGUAGCCUUGUAUACUCCAGUGCUCCUAAUGCGCAACUGACACAAAAGGCACAAGGUGCUGAUGAUUGCAGUGACUCAGAGUAUGACCGAGAUGCUGAAGAGGAGGCCUAUGUAGAGGAAGAGGAUUUGAGAGAUGAAGAGGAGGUCGCUCUUGCUAAGUCCAAAGCAAUG